CAGUUUCAAUCGACGAGCUGAGUGUUGCCGGGAAAUGUAGUCCGAGGUGAGACAGCGACUGCAGGUGAUACCCUGAGUUUGGAACAUCUGGUCCGGGCUUGGAAUGAGCUCCAAGAGGGCACGGAGUGACCCGGGAAAUGGGGUUGGAGGGAAGAAACAGCUGAAGGAGAGGGAGCUUGCGGAGCUGAACCCAUUGCUGUUGGAAACGAAGGAGCGUGUGAGCGAGGCCUGGAGCCGGGGACUCGAGUACUCACAUGAGAAGGGUCUCGUAGUGGGCACACAGCCAUUUGCACAUUGUGUGAUAUCAAAUUUUAUCCAGAGUCAAAAAUUCCUGGAGGGUCUUCAGAAUGAGCUUCUACAGCUGAACUUCUAUGAAAAAUCAAACGAUCUCUAUAAAUUCAAGCAGUCUGAUGACCUUCGGAAGAAGAAAGAAUAUCACAUCUCAGCAUUAAGGAAGGUUCUGUUUGAAGAUUUUCGUACAUGGUUAUCAGAUGUUAUUGGUAUAAAACUAGAAAGCACGGUCGAUUUAUCCUGUGCUAAAUAUGAAUACACAGAUGUGUUGCUCUGUCACGAUGAUGAAUUAGAAGGACGGAGGAUAGCAUUCAUCCUGUAUCUUGUUCCUGAAUGGGGAACAAGGGAUGGUGGAAACUUGGACCUCUAUGGUGCAGAUGAUCAUUAUCAGCCUCAGCAGAUUGUCAAAUCUCUAACUCCUUCAUGGAACACAUUAGUUUUCUUUGAGGUUUCCCCUGUGUCUCACCAUCAGGUGUCUGAAGUUCUGUCGGAGCAGAAGUGUCGCCUCUCUGUUAGUGGCUGGUUCCAUGGGCCAUCAUUGGAGAGGCCAGCUCGUUACAUCGAACCUCUUUCUAAUCGAUAUCGACAUGUUGCAAGUGAUGAAAAAAAUCUUUAUGACUGGAUCAAUCCAAUUUACCUCAAUGUUUCAACUCAAGCCCAUAUCCAGGAGGAGUUUGAGGAAGAAUCAGAGAUACUUCUAAAGAAUUUUUUCAAGAAAGAAAAGUUUCAGAUGGUUUGUGAGGCUUUGCAAAGCUCAGAGAUUAAGUGGAAGAGAAGAGGACCUGCCAACAAGAGAUGCUAUGAUCAAGCAGAGGAAGAUGGCCUCCCUGACAUUCUGGCCAAGUGUAUGGAGCUGUUUUGUUCUGAGGCCAUGUUCCUGCUUCUGUCCAAUUUUACUGGCUUAAAACUGCAUUUCCUCGCAGCUUCCGAUAAUGAUGCAGAUGAGCAGGAGGGUGAUGUGGAGGAGCAUGACGGCCGUGAGCACACAUGCUCCAGCACUGAGGAAAGAUACAAAUGUGAUUCAUCAGAACAUAAAGGUGGGAAAAAAGAAGGAAAAAAGGCUAAGACGAAGGAAAUUGAUGUUCUGGGAGAGAGUUCCAAAAAUCCUAGUGUUCCUGUUUGCCGAGGGGAAUUACGAUACUGGAGAAAUGGAUACUACACACUUAUCCAUGAUACCAAUGUGGAAAAUUCAGAGUUUGCUCUCGACUUACUGUUGUACUGUGGAUGUGAUGGCUGGAAUGAGGAAUUUGGUGGUGUUACUUCAUACAUCGCUAAGGAAGAAGAUGAGGAGUUACUUACCCUUUGCCCAGAAGACAACUCCUUGGCCUUGAUCUACCGAGAUAAAGAAACACUAAAGUUUGUGAAACACAUUAACCAGCGAAGCAUCAGUCAGUGCAAGAAGACACAUGAGACAAAAGGAUUCUGGGACUUUUCCUUUGUGUAUUAUGAAUGAUGGCACAUCUGCUUUUUCUACCCAAUCCUUUGAAUCUAAUAUGAAAUAAAGCAUCAAAAUGAUAAAUGA